CCCGCCCCCGGCUCCAUCUUGCGGGCCGGGCCGGCUAGGGCAGUGGUGCGGCUGGGCUACUCGGAGGGCAGAAUGUCUUACCCAGGAUACCCCCCGACAGGCUACCCAGCAUUCCCUGGAUAUCCUCCUGCAGGUCAGGAGUCAUCCUUUCCGCCUCCUGCCGGUCAGUAUCCUUAUCCUACUGGCUUUCCACCAAUGGGAGGAGGAGCAUAUCCUCCAGCACCAACUGGUGGUUUCCCAGGCACUGGAGGCUACCCACCCCCUGGAGGCUACCCUGCCCCAGGAGGGUAUCCUGGUGCCCCACCACCAGGAGGGGCCCCAUCCUAUCCUGGAGCUUCUCCAGGCCAAGGAUUUGGAAUGCCACCAGGUGGAGCUGGUUUUUCUGGCUACCCACAACCACCAACCCAGGCCUAUGGUGGUGGUCCAGGCCAGAUCCAGAUCCCAGGUGGGUUCCCUGGAGGACAGAUUCCUUCCCAGUAUCCUAGUGGCCAAGCUCCUGCUCCUUACCCUAAUCAGAUCAAUACCGAGUUCUUUCCUUCCUGUCCUGUUUUCUCUCCUAUUUCUUUGGAUUGUAGCAGUGAACCAGCAGCCAUGAUUCAAGGUACUCAGGGGACAAUCCGACCUGCUGCUAACUUCGAUGCUGUAAAGGAUGCGGAAGUUCUCCGAAAGGCCAUGAAAGGGUUUGGGACUGAUGAGCAAGCAAUUGUGGAUGUUGUUGCCAAUCGCUCCAAUGAUCAAAGACAAAAAAUUAAGGCUGCUUUUAAGACCAUGUAUGGAAAGGAUUUAAUCAAAGAUCUCAAGUCCGAGCUAUCUGGAAAUAUGGAAGAACUGAUCCUCGCCUUGUUCAUGCCACCUACAUAUUAUGAUGCUUGGAGUUUACGGAAUGCAAUGAAGGGAGCAGGAACUCAAGAAAGAGUAUUGAUUGAGAUUCUGUGCACGAGAACAAAUCAGGAAAUUCGAGAUAUUGUCAAUUGUUACCGAUCAGAAUUUGGACGAGAUAUUGAAAAAGACAUUCGAUCAGAUACCUCAGGACACUUUGAACGAUUGCUCGUAUCCAUGUGUCAGGGUAAUCGCGAUGAAAAUCAGAAUGUGAAUCAUCAAAUGGCUCAGGAAGAUGCUCAGCGUCUUUAUCAAGCCGGUGAAGGGAAACUGGGGACAGAUGAGUCCUCCUUUAACAUGAUUCUUGCCACAAGAAGCUUCCCUCAGCUAAGAGCUACCAUGGAGGCCUACUCCAGAAUUGCUAAUCGAGAUUUGUUAAGCAGCAUUGGCCGAGAGUUUUCUGGAAAUGUAGAAAAUGGUUUGAAGACAAUCUUGCAGUGUGCCUUGAACCGUCCUGCCUUUUUUGCUGAGAGGCUCUACUACUCCAUGAAAGGGGCUGGCACAGAUGACUCCACCCUCGUGAGGAUCAUCGUCACCCGAAGUGAAAUUGAUCUUGUGCAAGUGAAACAGGUGUUUGCACAGAUGUAUCAGAAGGCACUGGGGACCAUGAUCUCCAGUGACACCAGUGGAGACUAUCGCCGUCUGCUCCUGGCCAUCGUGGGUCAGUAGGAGGUUUUUUUUUUUUUUUUAAGAAACUGAACUAUUCCAGUCUCAUUCUCUUGAAGACAACUAUCCUGCAUGCAGCAAAAUCAACUGUAGCCUAACCAAAUGUGCUUUUUAUUAAGGACACUGUCAGGGUUAAUGUGCUUAGUUUGCACAUGCUAUUCUUGCCUUAAUUCUAAUGUUAUUUGUAUUCUUUACAAAAUCAGUGUCAAGCCAUGAUGUGACAAUGAUGUAAUACUAAUGUAUUGUAUGGGGGAAACCUAACUUUCACCAUUGCUGUCUUAUUCAAAUGAAGAUUAUGGAACAAAUAAAGAUUAUUACAGUCUA